AGUGUUUCUACAGAGACGCAGUAAUUCAGUGUUUCAGUCUUUUAGAGAUUAGACAUGUCUCUGAGUGUUUAUGAUGAUGUGAUUGGAUCUGAGGAGAUGAACAGAGGAGAUAAAGUGGAGAUGGUGGUGGAUAUCUACGAGAGUGCAGACGCUGUUAGAGGUCAUGACCCCAACACAGAGAUGGAGGACACCAACACAAUGAGGAUCCUGAAGACACAACAAGCAGAGAGUCGCUCUGCAGGAAGCAGACGCUACAGACUGGCUGCAGUGGGUCUGGGUCUGCUGUGUGUUCUACUGCUGACUGCCAUCACAGUGCUGUGGAUCCAGCUCAACCACCUGACUGCAGAGAGAGACCAGUUACAGACCAGUAACACCAACCUGACUGCAGAGAGAGACCAGUUACAGACCAGUUACACCAACCUGACUGCAGAGAGAGACCAGUUACAGACCAGUUACACCAACCUGACUGCAGAGAGAGACCAGUUACAGACCAGUUACACCAACCUGACUGCAGAGAGAGACCAGUUACAGACCAGUUACACCAACCUGACUGCAGAGAGAGACCAGUUACAGGCAGAGAGAGACGGGCUCCAGAGAAGGGUUUCUGAACUGGUUAGGGACGGGUGGUUCUACUUCAGCUCCAGUCUUUACUACGUCUCUACUGAGAAGAAGAACUGGAGUGAGAGCAGAAACGACUGCAGAAAGAGAGGAUCAGACCUGGUGAUCAUCAACAGCAGAGAAGAACAGGUCUUCAUUAACACAUUAAGAAAAGGUCAGUGGGUUUGGAUUGGUCUGAGUGACGGUGAAACAGAGGGGGUCUGGAAAUGGGUGGACGGAUCAGAACUGAUCACUGGGUUCUGGGGAGCUGGAGAACCCAACAAUUACGGAGAGGAGGACUGUGGUUUAUACGGCUAUGGGUCUGAUCCUGUGAAGAACUGGGCUGAUUAUCCCUGUAAUAACCAGUUUUUUUGGAUCUGUGAAAAGAGAAUAUAA